AUGGACAAGACCAUCACCAUGCGCCUCCCCACGGGGGUUUACUACGCCACCAUCUGCCCCACCAUGAAAGAGGGCGACGACAUCUACGCUGCGCUUCGCGGAGCUCUCGUGGGCAAGAUCGGUCCACUCUUCAACAUCAUUGUGUGGCACCCGACCGCCAAGCAGAAAGUCCGCCUGGACUAUAAACACCUUCACCCCAACAUCGCAUACCGCAUCGAAACGACCCUCAAGGGCCGUCAGCAAGGUCCCGGCAUUUCGGCCUCCGGCGCCUACAAGAAGGUGCAGAGGCAUCUCGAGGCCAUCUGCGGGCACUGGAAGCUGUCUGAAGGCAGUGAAAUUCUGCCUGAGAAGAUCGCUCCUCGCGAUGAUGAAGGCAAUUUGGUGUUUCCUGCAAAUUGGCCUGCACGUUUCGCCGAUGAGCUCCGCAAACUGAGCGGCCACAGUGUCGAUAGACACGAACUUGCCAUGGGCUUCCUGGUCGCAGCCGUGGAGGCUAGACGACAGCGGGAAGGCGACAUGGGGCCAGCGACGAGCGGAGACUGCAGGACUGCGGUGGCCUGGCUGGCUACAAACACCGCAGACCAGGCGUACGCGCACCUACCAGAGGAGGUGGCGGCUACACAGAUGUUCGCGGGUGGCCUGGCGGAGGCGGUACAGCAGGCCCUGGAGCAGACAGAGGGUGAGGGAGCGGCAGUUGGAUCGGCGUACGAGGAGGGUGGCAGAUUCAACAUCGGUACACACUUCCGAUCUGCUUGA